GAUAAAUAAUGUUGUAACAUGAAGACUUCACAGCCUCUCUUCAUACUAAAGAGACAAACUGACAGGAUAAAGUCUCUAACCUGCCUGUCAGCUCGCUCUGGGCCGCUUCACUUACCGUAAAGGCUGGAAUACGUGCGCACUCUGAAUGUAGGUGCGGCUAGCUUCAUCUCCUUCUCACAGAGGAGAGACAGAAACACUCACAGCGGGUCUUUUCAGCCACAGAUGGAGCGGAUGUGCUGGGAGACAGAGCGGCGUCUGCAAACGGCUCGGACACGUUAAAAUGCUUCCACACUGCCGACAACGUGACUGUUCGUUAACAUUUAUUCUGCCUUUUGACUCAUUAGGCCGAACACCAAAAGUGCUUUAUUUGCUAUUUUCAGCGGAUAGUUUUGUUUUGACGAGUCCCCGCAGACGCCUCAGUAGCACAGAGACUCCUUUCACUUUAGCCUUGAAGGGGUGGAUGAGCGAGGAGGAAGGUCUGUGGCGAAGGGGAUGAAAUGAGAACCGGUGGACUGAAUGGAUACCCGGCCCUACCCGUCAGCUGAACCUCUGUCUUCGUCCUGUGUAACUUCCUGUUUGACCGCAGCAUUAUAUCGUCACAGCAUGUAACUGUAAUCAAUGUGAUCAUCGUGUAAAGCUUUAUUUUAAAGUAUUAAAGGAUUCAGCUGAAAACCACAGGAUUCUCUCUGCCCUGAACUCAGUCUGUCAGGUGGUUCUUCCAUAAGGCAGCUUUAUUCGUAGACUCGAUGCAGAAGUUUAAACUGGCCAACCAGCUCCAGACAUCAGACUCCAUGUGCAGUGGGAGGUCUCAGAGGUGAGCUGGUUCAGGUACAAGGUCAGAAAUGUACGGCAAGCCACCGGGUUCAGAGGGCUCGCUGGAGAAACCUCGCAGCGUACUGCUCUGUCCUGCACUACCAGACGGUGACGCUGAAGCUUUACCGCCGUGUUUCACGCGCACGCCUGCCGAACCCGGGGGCCGGCCGUAGAAAGGGAGUUUGUUGACUGAGCAGGCUGGAGGAGGCUGUGCCUGAGAAGACGGCCGCAGGGGAAAGAAACCACAUAUUUAAAAAUGCUCUCUUUCAUUUCUGCUCAGUGUUGCAUUGUGGGAAAAUAGAACCUCUACGUAGGGCUGGGCGAUGCGGCCGAAAAUGUUAUCAGCAUAAAAAACUUCACUGGAUAUCGAUAAUUAUCAGGAUAAAUGUCGAAUUAAAACCCAGAACAAACUGUUGGCGCCAAACAGGAUCAGCGAUCAUCUGAACGUUAAACCAUAAAAUCUGUGCCGAUUCAAAUUAAAUCAAACAUUUAGUGAACAUUUGUUUUAUUGUGGUUAUAAUGAUCAUUAUUGUUUUAAUGCCCAGCCCUGCCUCCUCAAGGACUCCUGGAAACUUUUCAAGGUCCUCAAGGAACCCCAAGAAUCUAACAAGACAGUUCUAAACUUUAUUAAUGUCAGUAAUAAUAAAUGAAUAUUAAACAGCAGCUGAAGGGUUAAUUAUCACAGCUGACGACAACACGCAGACUGAGUUCCUGUUUCAGCUCGAUGGAGACAAACCAAGUACAUGUACGACUCUGAUGUACUUGAGUAUUUCCACUUUACAUAACUUUCUACGUGUCGGAUAUUUUUACUGCAGCAAAUUUAAUUGUUAACAUGAGUUACUUUGAUAAACGAAGUAUUAUCAGUAAUACAUAUCUAAAUAAUAUAUAGUGAUGAAUGGAUUACUGGACAAUAACCAUGAUUUGCAGUACUUUUACUUUUUAAUUUCUUUAUGAUUAUUGUUGUUCACCAACAUACGGAGCUGAAUCCCUUGGAUGUAAACUGUGUGUGUGAUUCUCUAAUUAAGACUACAUGUCAUGUCCACAUUUUUACUGAAUAUUCACUACAAGCAGUGAUGACUUUUAUAUUAGGGCACUUUUUUCUUUCAUUUCAUGCAGAAAAAUCUAACAGUUCUAUAAAAAAAUUCUAAUUCAGGACCAGAAUUUGCUGUUUUUGUGCUGUUGGAUUUGCUAAAUGUCAAUGUUGAACACUAGAAAAUAUGUUCUUGUAUAUUAUUUCACCAUUAUCUUUUUCCAGACAGUCAUUAAAACACGAGAAAGGUAGUUUAAAAACGGUUUUACUCAUGAAUAUACAUUGUCUUUUACUUUGUGUGUGUCCAAGAAAUCUUUGUCAACUGUGUUACGUGUGAUUUUUGUGUCAUAAAUUUUUAAUAAAUUGUUUGUUAUAAUCAACGUUUCCAGAAAGGGAAGUCUUACAAAAGGAUGUUUGAAUAACUUGAAAUUCAGUGUAAUGAGGAUUUCUGUAGAAAUAAAAUUCAUCCUUGAUGAUGGCGUCCCACAGGAUCUCCGUCAUCCAGCUCAAAAUUCAUGUUUUAAUAACUUAGACGACCUUAAAGGUCCCGGGGAAUAGACUCAAGAACUUUCAAAAUCAAUGUGUAGUACUUCAUAUUUGUCUGCAACACAGUUGACAAAAUAAUGAAUCCAACGUGUAUUUUCAUUUAAAAAUUUAAAAAGUAAUUCGAGCUUAAGGUUGGAAACUAAUGAAUGUUGAAAAAAAGGAGGUAUAUUAUGGAAACAACUAGAUUAAUUAGCAAUAACACACUGAAAUUUAGCUUUUUGUUGAUAUGAACUGUACCCCUAAUUAGAGAACCACCCCUGUACUUGUACUGUACUUGUGUACAUUUACUCAUCUGGCAGACUUGCAUUUACAGAGGAACAUAAACAACUCAAAGACAUGACGCCUGGAGGAGCCGGGCAUCGAACCAGCGAGCUUCCGAGUGGACGACCGCUGCAAAACUACAGCUGGGAGUUCUCCCUGCGUCCUGCGUGUCCUCCGGACCAGCAGGGGGCGCUGUGCGCUCCGCUCCCCGCGGAACUCCGUGUGCGCCUCGCGUCAGUUGAGUCCGCAGAAAGCAGUAAAAUGUGCGCCGUGCAGCUGCUGCGGGUGUCGGUCCACGAGCGGAUCAGCGCCGCCGCUGAAGACGUUCUGCUGCGGGUGGAAACGGGAGAAGAACCGGCGGAAGUCCCGGCGCUGAGAGCGCUGCUCACCGAGCGGCUCGCGGCGGCCGCGGAGGAGAUCGUCGGUGUGUUCGAGGAAACCGUGGCGGAGUACGAAGCCAGAGCUGAGCGGGCAGAGCGGGAGGUCUGCCGCCAGAGGAGGCUGCUGGAGGCCGUGCUGAAGCCCGAAGUCCGGCUGCACAGAGCAGAGUGUCCUGCAGACGUCCAAGAAGAGGAACACGAGUGGAGCCCCAGUCUGGACCAGGAGGACCCAGAGCCCACGCAGAUUAAAGAGAAGUGGAGCCCCAGUCUGGACCAGGAGGACCCAGAGCCCACGCAGAUUAAAGAGAAGUGGAGCCCCAGUCUGGACCAGGAGGACCCAGAGCCCACGCAUAUUAAAGAAAAGUGGAGCCCCAGUCUGGACCAGGAGGACCCAGAGCCCACGCAUAUUAAAGAGAAGUGGAGCCCCAGUCUGGACCAGGAUGACCCAGAGCCUCCACAGAUUAAAGAGGAACAGGAGGAUCUCUGGACCAGUCAGGAGGGAGAGCAGCUUCCAGGGCUGGAGGAGGCUGAUAUCACCAAGUUCCUAUUCACUCCCGUCCCUGUGAAGAGUGAAGAAGAUGAUGAAGAGAAACCUCAGUCCUCACAGCUUCAUCAGAGCCAGACUGAACAGAUGGAAACAGAAGCUGAUGGAGAGGACUGUGGAGGACCAGAACCAGCAAGGAACUCUGAUCCAGAUCAACUUUUACAACCUAAGACUGAUGAUAAGACUUCCGACUUUUCUGUAGCUGAAAUUGAAGUCAGCUGUGAUGACUGGGAGGAGACCAGGGAACCUCAGUCAGGUCCAAACUCUAAUGAAGACCCUGUUACUGAUGCGAGAUGUAAUUCUCCUGACAAACCGUUUAGCUGCUCUGAGUGUGGGAAAAGAUUUACAAGAAAGGGAUUUCUGGAGACACACAUGAGAACACACACGGGGGAGAAACCGUUCAGCUGCUCAGUGUGUGGAAAGAAAUACACAAAGAAGGGGUAUCUGAUCCAGCACAUGGCGGUCCACAGAGGGGAGAGACGGCACAGCUGCAGCAUCUGUAACAAAAGACUUGUUUGGCACUCGGGGGUCGAAUGCCAUAAGUGUGUUGGUGGGAUUUCACAGCUUCUUCUCGCCUCUUCACCUGCGAGCGGUGGAAGACGUAAUGCUGGUGGUCAAUCCCUGAGCUUCUCAGAGUGUGACAAGAGACUCUGCUACAGUCAUAAUUUGAAGAAUGACUCAGGAACUCAUGCAGAGGAAAAUCUGUUCAGCUGCUCAGUUUGUGGUAGAAAGUUUACACAAAGGGGAUAUCUGAUCCAACACAUGGCGCGCCACACGGGGAAGAUCCGAUUCCGCUGCUGUGUUUGUGACAAAAAAUUUGCUUGGCGUCAUGAACUCAAAAGCCACAAGUGUGCUGGUGAUUCCUCACAGCUUCAGCAGACCGAGAACAGAAGCUCAGCUGAACAGGUGCAAACAGGAGGCGACGGAGGGGGUUCGGAUUCAGAUGACCAGACUUCAGACUCUUCUGAACCCGAGACUGAAGUCAGAGACGAUGGUUUGAAGGAGACCAGAGGGCCUGAGUCAGGUUUAAACGCAGAGACACGUGACGAAGUCCCUGUAAGUGAUGCAGGAAGCAGCACUGGCAAGAAAUCCUUUAUCUGUUCUGAGUGUGGAAAAACAUUCUGCGGUGAGGACAAUCUGAAAGUCCACAUGAGAACUCAUGCAGGAGAGAAACCGUUCAGCUGCUCAUUCUGUGAGAAAGGCUUUACACAAAAAGGAUAUCUCUCCAACCACAUGGCCGUCCACACAGAGGAGAAACGCUUCCUGUACUGUGUUUGUGGCAAAAGAUUCGCUUGGCGUUAUAAUCUCAAAAACCACAAGUGUGCUGGCGAGUCCUCACAGCUUCAUCCCGGUCACACCGAGCGGAACCGAGAGGCCGAGCCUCCGGCCGGCAGCUCCGGCACUAAACUUCAGACUGAGGUGAGUGCAGAUGAGACCAGGGACUCUCAGUCAGGUUUAAACUCUCUCAGGAAGAAGGACGUCCUCGAAGGUGAUCCAGGAAGUGAUCCUGCAGAGAGACCGUUCAGCUGCUCGCAGUGCGGUAAAAGAUUUCGCCGCAAGAAAAAUCUUCAAGAACACAUGCGGAUUCAUACGGGAGAAAAGCCGUACGGUUGUUCAGUGUGUAUGAAGUACUUCUCAUGCAGCGGGUCGCUUCGGAAACACCUGAGAAUCCACACAGGAGAGAAACCGUUCAGCUGCUCGGUGUGCGGGAACCGGUUUACUGAAAGUGGACAUCUGAAGGUGCACAUGAGAACUCACACAGGAGAGAAACCGUUCAGCUGCUCAGUCUGUGGGAAGAGUUUUACCUGGAGGCAAAGCUUUAAUAAUCACAUGAAGUAUCAUUGAGACACGAGCAGUUUGGUGAUACAUACUCUACAUACUGUACAUACAUACAUAUAUAUUUAUAUAUGCAUUGUUGGCAGUUUCUGUCUGAAUGGAAAGGGACUUUGUUGGACGUCAGAGGAUCCAAGAAGCACUUUCAGUUUAAGCGUGAGACCUUCAGGGUCUCAGAAACGUACUGAAGCAGCGUCUUCAUCCAGAUGUUCACGGCGCCAUCACAAACACAUGUAUGACCCUGGUUGUUGUGGCCUGAUGGGUCAAUGUCACGUGACUCAGCAGCAGAUCAACAGUGUUUUCGCUCCCUGCCACAGUUUACAGUCAUGUUAAACAGAAAAGAACCAGGUGGGAACGUCUGAAUAAAAACCCAGCAGGUGGAACAAAUCUGUAAAUCCAAAAAUAAAAUCUUCCACGUUGAUUCACUCACAGCGGACUAAAAGCAGCAGGAUAGCUGCCGUGCUGUCAUCAACUCAGUUCUACAUUCCCAGUUAAUGUACAGACCCUUUCACAGUUUGGUGGAUACGUUUUCCUCUGUGCCUGUUUAGUAGAUGAUGAUUCUUAUUCUGUGCUUUAUUUUGCUCUUCCAGGAUCACGUUGUGUCGCUCAGCAUGACACUAACAGGAAAGAAGAUGAUCAGCUUAAAGAGGCCCUAUUCUGCUCAUUGUCAGGUUCACACUUUGAUUUAGGGGUUGUACCAGAACAGGUUGUGUUGAACACUCUGUUUUAGCUACCGAGUGAAGCAUCUCAUCCGCUUCUAGCUCUAUAGCCACGUUUCCACCAAAAGGACCCGGAUCUCUUCUAAAGGAACUAAAAGUAACAGAUCAGUAACCACGAUCCAUGAGCAAAAUGUAGACGUGGAAUAUAAUGAGAAGCUGUAGGCUUUGGGUUGGGUAGUACUUUCCAAAAGUACCAGUACCUUGGGGGGGGGGGGGUGAUGCUGCAGAUCAGCUGGAAAUGUUUUAAUAAGCUUCCAAACUGUUGCUUUCUCUGUGCACGAGUUAUUUUAUGAACGUGAUGGAUUUAUCCAGUUUGUUAUUAUAUUUACAUUUAUUCAUUUAGCUGCCGCUUUUAUCCAAAGCGACUUACAGCUGCUCUACAUGUCAGAGGUCGCACGCCUCUGGAGCAGCGAGGGUUAAGUGUCCUGCUCAGGGACACAAUGCUGGAUGGGUCACAGUGGGGAGUUGAAACCGGGUCUCUCUCCCAUCACCAGCCCAUAUCAAAUUUGUAACAAACUUUAUCGGGUCUCUCUCCGUUACAGCUCCCACACAAAAAGCUGCUUUAAUGGUCAAGCAUAGCCUGUAGUUUUCAUUAUAUUCCAGUCAAAUCUGCCUGAUCUUCACAGGUCUUUAGACCGCGGUGGAGACGCACACAACAGAGGGCCGAAAGAACCUUUUAGUUCCUUGAAAAGAGAUCUGGGGACUAAAAAGUCCCGAGUCAUUUUGAUCGAAACGAGGCUUUAGGUUUCUGAAGUAAUGGCUGGACUACAAUCCACCUGUGUUCAGUUCAGGAGCAGAGUGUUCUGUGGGAGAUGGGAACUCCCUUUGGGCUGGACAAGCCUAUUACAUGCAGAAAAAAGAUUUAUAACACACUAAAGGAGAGGGGGAAAGCCCAACAGCAGAAUAUGACCUCUUCAGGGUCGGUUUGUGGCUCUGUGGAUCCUUUGUUGAAUGGAAACAAACUUUUUUACUUUACAUCCAAUAUUUCCUCAUGUCUGUAUACUUUAAUAACUGAAUUAAACCACAGGGAUGAAACUGAAG